CCUCACAUCACACCAACUUCAUCAGAGUUCACCAUUGUAAAGCUGAGAGCCUAACAAAGAAAAAGGCACAAAUCGAACCGGGACGACUUAGAGAAGAAAAAACAGGAAACUACAAGAGAGUUCUUCAUAUUCUCCACACUUACUACAAUAAAAGAAUGGGCUCAUCUGGUGUACAGAUUGUGUGUGUGGCGCUGGGAAUCUUAGGUCUCAUCGCUGCCAUUGUGACCAUCGCUGUUCCAAGAUGGAAAAUUUCUUCCUUCACUGGCCAGAACAUUAUCACUGCCCAGCUUGAGGAGCAGGGUUUGUGGAUGGAGUGCGUGGUCCAGAGUACCGGACAGCAGCAGUGUAAGGCUUACGAAUCGCUGCUCAUCCUGAGUUCUGACCUGCAGGCAGCCCGGGCUAUGACCAUCAUCAGCAGCCUGCUCAUCUGCCUGUCAUUGCUCAUUCUGUGCGCAGGUGCUGAAUUCACCACAUGCAUUGAGAACCAGGACGUCAAACCCAAAAUCAGCCUAUUGUCCGCUAUCGGGCUGCUGCUCGCGGGUUUGCUGCUGAUCAUUCCUGUUAGCUGGUCUGCUCACAACGUGGUGCGUGAUUUCAACAAUCCGUUGUUCCCUCAAUCUCAGAAGAGAGAGCUGGGUGCCUGCAUCUUUGUGGGCUGGGGUGGUGGAGUCCUGCUGCUGCUGGCCGGAGGUCUGCUGUGCUGCUUUAGCCGACCCCUCUCUGGAGGAUCAAGUGGAGCUGCCAAAUACUACAGCAAUAGCGCCUCCGCUCCAAACAAGAAUUAUGUGUAGAUAAGAGUUGAUUAAGCUAGGGAAUAGCCACGGUAAUUGUAACUGCAGUAUAAAAUGUAUCUGUGCUAGUAAAUGCUUUAGUAGUUGGGUAUGGACAAGGUUAAUCUAGAAAUCUGUAAAUAAUUCUUUUUUUGAGCUAAUAAUAAUUUUUGAGCUAUUGAACUGUUGUGGAAUAAUGUUAAGCGUAUCUUUUGAGUUGACAGCUGAUUUCUGUAUCAUGAUAUUGCUAAGAAAGCGGGAAAAGAAAGCAUUUGUUAAUCAAAAUUCAGCUUGUGUCUAAAACUCUUUUGGGUCAUUGUUUCUGUGUCUGUCUAUUUUUUAAAAAGCUGUAAAAUUGCUAAAUAUUCAGACAGAACGUAUUUUUUGAGGAAUUUAGGUCAACAACAUUUCAUGUAUUUUGAAUUUGUUUUCAAUAAAAUGUUAAAGAUUGAA